UUGCGACUCUUUGUCACUUUGUGAUCCAUCCUGAUCUUUUGAACUCAUCAUACGGUGCUUUAUCAUGUCGUUGUCAUCGGUUUGUGGUCAUUUGUGGUGAGUUUAUAUUGACCUUUACCUGGCUGACUACCACCUGGGUGUUAGCAUUAGUAUUAGUGACGAGCGUUAGCAUUAGCUUCAAGCGUAAACAUCAGCCCCAUCUUUAAAUUAUGGCUUAACAUUAGCUAGUUCAUUCUACCAUUUGCUCUCUUUGUUAGCUUUGUGCUUUUGGUCUGGUUGCAGAUCUGCUUGGAAAUUUUUCAGCCUGUCGCUCUGUUGCUCCUGCAGUGCUGUGUGUGUGUGAACUGUGAGGCAGCUAAAAAAGUUUAACCACUUGUCCACUGACUCUCUGUGAGUUGAAUCAGUCUUUCUGACUGAUGCAUCAAAUAGUUGACAUUUAGAGGGCAGGCAGACAGAAAUAGUGAUUUGAUUUAUAUCGUAAUAUGUACAGUUUUGAAGUGAUGUCAAAAGUAAUAUUACAUAACCAAUAUCUAAACAAACUGGUUAAACCACCACAACUCCAUCAUCAUCCAGGACUUGACCUGCUACUGGGAUAAGAGUUUGGAUGCUCCAUCUCUGGAGAAAGUCUCUGUCACUGUGAAAUCACAGCAACUUUUGACUGUCAUUGGACCAGUGGGGGCUGGAAAGUCAUCCCUGCUGAGCGCGAUCCUGGGAGAGCUGCCUUGUGACACAGGAACAAUGAAGGUCAAAGGUCAGCUGACCUAUGCAUCCCAGCAGCCCUGGGUGUUCCCUGGAACCAUCCGCAGCAACAUCUUGUUUGGGAAAGAGCUGAACCUUCAGAGAGCAGUGUAUCAGGAGGCAGAUAUCUACCUCCUGGAUGAUCCUUUAAGUGCUGUGGAUGCAGAGGUUGGGAAACAUCUGUUUGAGCAGUGUAUCUGUGGCCUGCUGAGGAACAAGUGUCGAAUCCUGGUCACCCACCAGCUGCAGCAUCUCAAAGCAGCAGACCUAGUUGAAAUAACUAGGUUUCUAGUGGGCUUUUCCAAAAUAGCCAAACAUGUUGGAAGUUAUUUUAGCAGCUCAUUUUAACAUUAGUUCAUGCACAAAAGAGGGUCAUAUCAUGGUUCAGGGUACCUACAGUCAGCUGUGCUCCUCUGGUCUGGACGUGGUGUCCCUGCUGAGCAGCAGUGAGGAGCAGGAGCGAUUGUCUCAGUCAGCUGACCCAGACAAACUGUCGUUAGUCAGCCAGAGGACAAAGAGCUGUGGGUCAGUAAUGACUUGUUUUGCAGGCUGAAACAGUUUGUACCAUGGCAGAGGAGACUCGGGUGGAAGGAGACAUAUAUAGUCUCCUAUAGGUUAUAGUCCUGUUGAGUGUCAUAGCUGAGGUAAGCUGUGGCUCAUAGGUUAUCAGCUUAUACAAUUGUACUUUUCUAUGUUUCUUCUUUCUUUUAUUUGCAUUUGAACAUUAUCUAGUUGUUGUUUCCUUUCAUAGGACCUGCUGUUAGCAUUAAAAAUUGAAUCAAUGCUACUUACUCAGAUCAGAUCAGAUUUUACAUCAGCGUUUACUCCGGUAAGCCUUUCAUGGGCUGGUGCGAUCAGCUCAGACACUGCACAACAGCAUGUUCUUUGACGUCAACCCCAUAGGUGAUCCCUGCUCAGAACUGACAUCCAGUUUCAAGUUUCCAAUCAUAACUCUGUUGUGGUUGUUUUUUUUUAAGUAUGGGCCACAGAUCCCCAUUGUUUAUGUCACUGACUUUGCUUUUAUUUACUCUGUAGGAAGAAUUCUCAACAGGUUUUCCAAAGACAUCAGCCAGAUAGACUCCAUGUUACCCAUCACCUUUGUGGACUUCUAUCAAAAUGUUGCCUCUGUCAUCCCUCUGAUUCCUGUCAUUCAUCUUCUUGUACUUGAGGCGUUUCUACCUCUGCACAUCUCGAGUCUACAACUCGGAGUCCAGUCUUCUCCCACCUCCCACCAUCUGUCACGCAUGAUGCUCAUCAGGAAGGCCCCUGCUGCAGUCAGCCACACAGGUGAGAAGGCCCCAGCUGCAGUCAGCCACACAGGUGAGGACCUCUCUGUGGACCUGAGGCUAGAAACUGCUCCACAUCCAGGUCCAGAUAAACGCCGGGUGGGACGGACCCCACCCGACCCCCCCGUUGCUCCAUCGCACCGUGAGGUCCCCUUCGCCACUGGACGGCUCUUCACCCCAGUCUGCUGGCAGCUGCGGGACGCGAACCAGCUCCCGGAGGAGCUGCUUCUGACGUUGCAGCGCAACGCUUAUCCCACUACACUACCAGAGGCCGGGGCACUCGGGGAAGCUCACACACAGCCUUUCAACCAGCUAGUGGGCAAAGAUUCAAACUGGAACCAUCACAGAGAGAAGAGACAGACAUGAAGAUGUUGUCAGGUCUUCAGCUGCUGUCGUCUUCUCCUCCUGCACAGACAACAACACGCAUUGAUCACACAAACUCAUCUUGUGUGAAUUACCUGGAGGCCUGUGUCUCAAAGAUCUUCUUCAUUGUACAAAGACUCUGGACAAAGUGGAGACACCUGGAGGAAACAUACAAAGGAAAAUGAUCAAUACACUACUGCCUAUUCCUCAUCAACAGUUCAACAUUACAGCUGAAACUGAACAUUUAACUAAAUAUUUUUAUGCCUGACUAUAAAGUGACUUUUAUUUCUAUUACUUCUACUGUUACUUCUAAAAUUAGAUUACUUUUACCAUUACAUACUACUUCUUAAUUCUUAAAAACUACAUCUAGUAACAGAUUACUUUGACUUGUAUUUCACUUCUUAUUUCAAACAGUGCAAUAUCAGUACUCAAAUCCAACUAUCACUCUGUACACAGUCUUGUAUAUAUAAUGCCCUUUUCUAUUGUUGUUGUUGUGACUGAUUAUGUUACUCAAAUAAAUACUUCUAAAGAAUAUUUUGUUACUGUGACAUUUAGUGACUCCUUACUAUGCUGACAUUUUACAACAGUUUUGUGAUGCUUUACAGACAUUUUGAAUUAUAUUUUGGAUCACUGUUACUUCUGCAUUGCUUUUAUAUUACAAAUUACUUUUACUAUUACCUCUAAUAUUAGAUUGCUCUACCAUUCUACUGUUUUUCUUAUUACAUUUUACUUCUAAAUCUACUGAUUACUUUAACUAAUGCUAAUCAGCUGAAACUGAACAUUUAACUAAAUAUUUUUAUUUUUAUUUAUAUUUUAAGUGACUUAUUUCUAUUUUGGAUUACUAUUACUUCUAAAAUUAGAUUACUUCUACCAUUACAUACUAUUUUUCUUUUUACAUACUACUUCUUAAUUUACAUUUAACUGUUUCAAACUACAUCUAGUAACAGAUUACUUUGACUUGUAUUUCACUUCUUAUUAUUUCAAACAGUGCAAUAUCAGUACUCAAAUCCAACUAUCACUGUGUACACAAUACUGUUCAUAUUGUUACAGCUUGUCUUGUGUGUAUAUAUAAUGCAUUUUUGUUGUUGUGACUGAUACAAGGAUUGUUACUCAAAUAAAUACUUCUAAAGAAUA